AUGGCUCAUCAGAUGGUUGAGGACAUCAAUUUGUCGUAUAAAAAGUCUAUUAGUUGCAUAUCAGGCUACUAUGACCUCCCGAUGGGUUCGUCAUCCCUGCCGGUCCGUCACCCUAUCAAAACUUCAAUUUUUGGGUUGGGUUCUGGGGGCAAUUUGCAGACGAUCCCGACGCCCUCCCUGGGAGGGCCUCGUCGCCGUCAUCGCGGAGCGAGGUUCCUGAUCAAGCAUGUCGCCUUAACGUGGUGUUCUUACGGGUUAAUUAACUGUCCCUAUGCCACAACCGCCCCAGCGCUGGUGUAUGGUCUCUCGGCGAAACCAAAUAGAUAUGAAUUCGACGAAAUCUCUCCUGGUACUCGAUCCCUCGAGGCUACACGCUACGUAUCUCUCCUUGGCCCACCCUACCCUAAGCCUACGACCACUAACUAUGCCCCUAUGGGCGAUCCUACCAAACGCGACCAUCUUACGUUCAGCACCAGGAGAAGGAAAUCCCCGGGUGUAAGACUUACAGAGAAUUUGCUAGAUAUUGCGCUUGCAGCUAUUCUAUGGGUGUAUGAGAUUCGACCACCGAUUGUGAAUGGAGCGGGGAUGGACAUUGAUCUGAGUGAUAAGGUGUACGCGGACGCAGGAUUUACUAUGCCCAAACCGUUUGCUGCACGCUUUAUUUUGAGGACUGAAAAUAGACUCAGGAUCCUAAAAGACCAGUGGGAAAUUAAGCAGAAUGGAGGCUACGAACUGCGAGGGAUACUAGUGGAUGUGGACGGGAUGAUGCAGUUGUAA